CCUUUAAUUAUUUUACGCCAUUUGUAUUUCAGGAAGCUAGAAGUUUAAUCUUAAUUUAUUAUGCCCAAGUCUUGUGCAGCGUGGGGGUGUCCCAGUCAUAACUGUAGAGCUGAGAAACUUAAGUGGUUUAGAUUCCCUGACAAAGUAACAUUUCGCGAAAGGUGGGAGAAAUGGGUCAAAGCUGUGGAUAGAAAACAAGAAGAUGGAUCCAUUUGGAAACCCACGUCUAAAUGGACAUAUCUUUGUGAAAAACAUUUCAUAUCAGGCGCUAGUAACAAAGAUCCCAAACACCCUGACUAUGUACCAAGCAUCUUUCCGCACAAGAACUGUAGUGAGGAAACCAAUGAGCAGAGAAUGAGGAGGUAUUUGAAAGCGAAGAAGCGGAGUGAUAAACUUAAAGAGGAAAAUGCCGUAAGAAGCAAGGACCAAUUUGCUGUUGUUUCCCUGCCUGUAUUUCUUUCAAGGCUUGAAAGAGAUCCUUCUGUUCAAAAUUUGUUGCAUGAAAGGGAAGUCCCACUCUCUGCCGUUAAAGAAGAGGUCGAUACAAGUCAUUCAGAAACAGUAGUAAAAGUUGAGAUUGCUGAAGACGGAAGUCAAGGACCCUCUUUUGAUAAUACAUGCAACAUAUAUGACAAUAUUAAUUGCUUUAGUAUGCAUUGCAGUGAAAGUACUUCCAAGAGCGAUACAAAGUUACAUGAAACAGUGGUAAAAGUUGAGCCUGGUGAGGAAGAUUUUGACUAUGGUGUAGGAAGUCAGCGACCAUCUUAUGAUAGCAUAUACAGUAAUACAGACAAUAUAUAUGUCACCAGUAGUCACUGUAGUAUGCCUUACAGUGGAAAUACAUUCAAUACGAAUACAAACUCUCCAGAAAUGGAGGUAAAAGUUGAAGUGACCGAGGAAGGUUGUUACUGCAUUAUACCUUACAGUGGAAAUACAUUUGGUACGAAUACAAACUCCUCAGAAACAGAGGUAAAAGUUGAAGUAACUGAGGAAGAUAACUACUACGUAGGAUGCCAAGAACAGACUCUAGAUAAUGCCCAAAACGGAUCUGACAAUAGUAAUGAGCAUUGUUUGCCCUACAAUGGAACUUCAUUAGAAAAUGAUACAGAGUGUCCUGAACCAGUGGUUAAAGUAGAGGUUGAUGAAGUUUUUGACUAUUAUGUAGAAAGUCAAGAUCACACAUUUAGUAAUUCCUAGAGUGUGGACUUACAUGAGCAAAUUCCAUAGAUGUGAUAUUGUUGCUGACUAUAGUGUUGUAAUUUAUAAUAUCCAUAUUGUACCUGAAAUUAAUCGUUGUACUGCUGUGUUGUUGGACGUGCACACUACGGUUUAAACUUAGAAAAACUAAUAAUAAGUCUGUGGUACUACAGAAACAUGUCAUUAUAAAGUGAACUUCAGCAUAUUGCCAGGACCUGAACUAACGAUGCUUAAUUUAGGUGUUGUGACACUUUAAAAGUUAACAAAAUUCUGUAUAUUGUGUUUAGCUCGACAAUACGAAGUAUGUGCAGAGCUAUCCUUCUCGAACUGUCGUCUGCGUCAGCGUCCUCCCGCGCCUGCACCUUGGUUGAAAUUUUGAUUUACGUUCUCUUUUUUUGCCGUUAAAAGAACGAAUUCGUGACCUUGACCGACCCAUGCCACGUGACUUCAGGUUGCAAAUCAAACUACUUGAUAACGCAUUAUAGAUAAUUUAUCAAAAUGAAAGAUUUAUGCAACACUCUGCCUGAUUGGACGAGAGUGUCAGUUUGUUUCACUCUGUUGACUGUGCUACGCUGAGUGAAAUGUAGACAAAGCAUUUAUCCUAAACGACGCUGUUUACAGUUUUAAAGCUAACUUCCGCUCAGUAUAUUUAGCAAGAAUAUUGAUAUAUCUCAAAAUGAUAAGUAAGUUUAAUAAAUAUGAUAAAAACCUGUUCAAAUACCGACAUAUAUCAAAUUAAAGAAAGAGCUGAAUACGGUCUGCGUAUCACAUGAAUAAGGGUGUGAUAAGAGUCUUCUAUGUAGAGAAGUGCUUUUUAAAAGAUUUUCCUUGUUACAGUUGUCGUCUGUAUAUGAAAAGUUUUCUUGCUUUUGUGACUUAUUCAGAUUUCAUAUUAAAAUGGGUACUUGUUUGCUUUGAUAUAUUUGUUAUAAAUUAUUUAACUGAUUUAUUAUAUAUGAAUAUUUUUCUUUAGUAUGGUAUGCAAAUAUUGAACUCAGUUGAAAUCUGUUUUAUUAUGUAUAUGCUAUAUAAUGACUGAAUCUCAUUACAUUGAAAUGAAGGCACGCUGCAUACAGUUUAUCUACGUGGUAUGACUACGGUCAAACUUUGCUUAUGAAACAGAAAUAUUGAAAUAAUUACAGUUGUAUGUGUCCCUUGACCUUCACUUCUUUAUAGGUGUGAUGUCAUUGUCCAAAGAUUCAUGAAUAGGGAAUAUGCAUUUGUUAAAGCAGGAUCAGUUGGCCUAUUUUAGGGGCCGCUAAAGCUAAAAAUAAAAAAUCCUUUAAUUGA